UUUGCAGGCUGAAGCAGCAGCUGGUUGUCCGGUGGCCUUGAAGAAUGGCGCCUUUGAACUCUAACCACAAUCUUGCCGGCCAAGUGGCAGCAGAGCCGAGUGAUGGAUGACCUGCAGUCCCAGAACCUGGCCAUGGACAUGACCGACUCCCCCCCUGCCUUGGCCAACAACAGACUGGAGAAUGGCAUGGCCCAGCUCAUCACCACAGAGGCCUGGAACAUCAACUCCACUGACCUGGUAAAGAAGGCUCUGGUGACGGUGCCAGCCCCGUCCAUUCUGAGCCCGCCGGCCGAGUCCCAGAGCGGCAUGGCUCUGAAGGUGGCGGCCACCGUGCUGCAGCCGCUGUGCCUGGGGGAGAGCCCCGUGGUGAUGCCCAUUCACAUGCAGGUGGAGGGCAGCUCCGCGCCCGAGCUCACCCCUAACAGCAACGCCGCCUACGUCAUGACCACGCAGGGGCCCGUGCAGCUGCCCGUGGUGCUGGAGCAGCACGUCUUCCAGCACCUCAACUCCCCUCUGGUGCUGCCGCAAGAGGCGCCAUGCUCCUCCAGUGCCAUCCACAGCAACCUCUUCCAGGGGGCCGAGGACCCCGAGGCCCAGCCCCAGCUCCUGGACCUGCGGAUCCCCAGCCAGCCGCAGGAGGCCACGCUGCCGUUUGAGGCUGUGCUCCAGAAUCUGUUUCCCUCACAGGGCCCCCUCGGGCCCCCGCCCUGUCAGCCUCCUCCUGGGUAUGCCCCUGCACCCCCCCAGCCUUUGAACACACCCCUGUCCCCGCUGGUGCCGCCGGCCACCCUCUUGGUGCCCUACCCGGUGAUCGUCCCCUUGCCGGUGCCGGUGCCCAUCCCCAUCCCCAUCCCAGUGCCUCCGAGUUCCGAAUCCAAGUUCAGCUCCAGCUUCCCCAAGCCACCGUCUUCCUUCGGCCUGCACCCCUUUAAAGGCACCCAGACCCCUCUGGAGAAGGAGGAGCUGAAGCCCUUCGACAUCCUCCAGCCCAGGGAGUACUUCCAGCUCAGCCGCCACACGGUCAUCAAGAUGGGGAGUGAGAACGAGGCGCUGGACCUCUCCAUGAAGUCGGUGCCCUGGCUCAAGGCUGGCGAAGCUGGUCCCCUGAUGUGCCAGGAAGAUGCAGCCCUAGACCUGUCUCUGGCAGCCCACCGGAAACCCGAGCCUGCCCCCGAGACGCUGCGCGACAGCAGUGGCUCCGUGGACACUCCCCGUCACAGCCUGGUGGAGAAGCUUCCCGGCGCCAUGGAAACGCCCUUCACCACGCGCCACGAGGCGUCGGCCCUGCUGGACAGCCACGUGGGCAGCAGCAAGGCUCCCGAGCCGCUCAAGCAGCCCGGCCAGCCCAGCGGCGAGGUCAAGGCUGAAAGCAACCUCGAGGCUGCGAGCGAGUCACAGGCGGCCAAGGUGAUCGUCUCGGUGGAAGACGCUGUGCCCGCCAUUUUCUGUGGCAAGAUCAAAGGCCUCUCGGGGGUGUCCACCAAAAACUUCUCCUUCAAAAGAGAAGACUCCGUGCUUCAGGGCUAUGACAUCAACAGCCACGGCGAAGAGUCCAUGGGCAAUGCAGAGCCCCUUAGGAAACCCAUCAAAAACCGGAGCAUAAAAUUAAAGAAAGUGAACUCCCAGGAAAUACACAUGCUCCCGAUCAAAAAACAACGGCUGGCCACCUUUUUUCCAAGAAAGUAAAUGAUGGCUUUUUAACAUUUUUAUGAUUAUAAUAUGGAGAAAGGUGCAUUGGUUUUAUAAAAAGGCAUUUAAAGCAAAUUAUCUUUGUUAAUUAUUUGGGGGAGUAGUUGGGAAGUGGGAAGGCGGAUUGGCUCUAGGGGCCCUGUAAACUAGUAUCAUUUUCUUUUUUAAUUUUUGACUUUUCACAAAUGAAUAAAUAAGAGCAACCUAUUUUUCAAGCAGAUUGCACAUUUUUUGCAGCUUUAAUGGAAUAGUGGGUGAAUCAGAGGGGUAAAAAAGCUAUUUUCAUUGCCACAAAGUGCUUUGAUGAUGUAAUACCUAAUAAAGGGUAGGAUGACUAUUUCACAAUAAAUGUUUGUUUGCACUAA